AUGCACUUCUGUGUGACACUCCUCGGCUGGUUCAGCCUUGUGACGGCGGUGGUUGCAUACUCGUAUGGCCAUGAGCAGGGAAUCAUCGGUGGCGGCGGAGGGGGUGUCACCACGGCCACCACCAGCAGACACAACCUCACUCUCAAUUUCGACGACCUUCCCACCAACGCGUCGGGGAUCGGCUACGACCCUUCGACCAACAGCACGCCCCUGCAAUGCGGCGACCUGUACUUCCAGUCGUUCACGGUGGUCGACGUCGCCAAAGCCCUCAAAGACCUACCGGACCCGGUGGACGUCCUGUGCGCGACGUCGGCGCCCAACGCGCUGUUCGGGCACCGUCGCUCGGCGGGCCGCCACCACCCCUAUCCGCGCCUGAGCGUGCACCCGCUCACGGACCCGUCGCUGCCGCGCGACCCCAACGUGACCUUCGACAUGCGCAGCAUGAGCGUGUCGCCCACGGGCCGCGUGCCGCCGGACGCGCUGGUGAUGAUCUGGCUGAACCUGCUGAAACUGCCGCCGGACGAGUCCUUUAGUGGCGGCCGCGGCGGAGGAGGAGGGAAGAGUCCCCUGCCGCCGUUCCCCGAACUGUCACGCGGCGCGGAGAUCUGGCCACAGGGCCGUGUGUACCAGUUGGUCGGCAUCUUCGGGCCCGGGCGGCACCCCAACCUCAGGAUCGACUGGGACAGCAUGCGCCGGCAGAUCCCGCACAUGGGAACCAAGGUCGACACGUUCGAACUGUACGGCCAGCUGUUCACCAGGGAGGGCCCGAGUGAGCCGUAUCGCCCGCGUGGUGACUGGGAGCUGUGCUUGGAUGAUGUCGCGGUGGUGAUUGUGAGGAAGACGGGAUCCCAGAACCCGGACGACCAGGCCGAGGACAGUGAUGGUGACGACGACGACGAUGGUGACUCCCCAGCAGGAAGAAGCUUCGAGCCUCCCACGAGGAUGUUUGUGUUUGCCGGAGAGGACGGCAGUGCCGUAUAUGACCAGGCCCGGGGCGAGCAGCUGAUGAAGGAACUAGGUCUCUAA